CCCGGGCGGCGCGGGGCAGAGCCGGUGCCGGGGUUCUUCGCCUUCCCCGCUCCUCCGCCCCCCCCACUUCCCGCAGCUGCGGCGGCCCGCCCGCCUCACCUCCCCCCGCCUCCGCCGUCCCCGCGCCGCGGCAGAGCCGGCGGGUGAGGAGCUGCCUGCGCCCGGCCCACCCUCGCCGGGGAUUAUGCCAGCGGAGCGCGGGCAUGUCGGCAGGCAGCCACCCGUAGGCAGCGGCAGCCGCCGAGCCGCCGCGGCAUCAGCAGCACCAGCGGGAGCCGCGGCCGCUGCGCCGGGAGCAGCCGGAUGUUGACACAUGUGGACCAACAGUGACAUCCUUUUCCAGCAAUGCUGUCUUUACUCCCUCCUGCAUUCGGAAGCAUCUAGAGAGAGAUUUUGCAGAAGGGAUCCUCAAUGCAUUUCCUUGCCAUUAUUUAAGGAGCCUUUACUAAAAACUUCUGGAUUGUGUUUCUGAGCGGACAAAGGAUUUUUGUAUUCAAAAUGCUCAUAAAGGAAUAUCGUAUUCCUCUGCCCAUGAGUGUGGACGAGUAUCGAAUCGCGCAGCUCUACAUGAUACAGAAAAAGAGCAGAGAGGAGACAUGUGGGGAAGGCAGUGGAGUGGAGAUCCUGGAGAACAGGCCAUACGUGGAUGGACCCGGAGGCAAUGGGCAGUAUACUCACAAAGUGUACCACAUUGGUAUGCACAUACCCAGCUGGUUUCGGUCAAUAUUGCCCAAGGCAGCUCUGCGAGUCGAAGAGGAAUCAUGGAAUGCAUAUCCUUAUACAAGGACAAGGUAUACGUGUCCUUUUGUGGAGAAGUUCUCUAUUGAUAUUGAGACCUACUACAAAACUGAUCCAGGAGACCAUGUCAACGUGUUCAACCUUUCUCCUGCCGAAAAAAGACAAACCAUUCUAGACCCUAUCGAUAUUGUUAAAGAUCCUAUCCCUCCUCAUGAAUAUAAAGUCGAGGAGGAUCCUAAGCUGUAUAAAUCAGUGAAGACUAAAAGAGGCCCCCUCUCAGAAGACUGGAUUCAAGAGUACAAGAACAACCCUGGGAAAUACCCCAUCAUGUGUGCAUAUAAACUGUGUAAAGUCGAGUUCAGAUACUGGGGGAUGCAGUCGAAAAUCGAGCGGUUUAUCCAUGAUGUUGGCUUGCGGAAGGUCAUGGUCCGUGCCCAUCGGCAGGCGUGGUGCUGGCAGGAUGAAUGGUAUGGGCUCACCAUUGAGGAUAUCCGGCAGCUGGAGAAGGAAGCACAGUUGAUGCUGGCUCAGAAGAUGGCCCAGUUCUGCAGUGAAAAUGAUGCUGAGCAGCACGGUGUCAAAGAAGCUUCUGGUGAGAAGGAUGCUGAAGCCAACACAGUUUCACCUGCUGACACAGAGGAUGCUGCUGGUAACAGUGAAACAGCCUCUGGGAGAUCACUCACCAAGCAGUGGUCAACCUCUUCCAAGUCCUCACGGUCUUCAAAGAGAGGAGCGAGUCCCUCACGCCAUAGUAUCUCAGAGUGGAGGAUGCAGAGCAUUGCCAGAGAUUCAGAUGACAGCUCCGAUGAUGAAUUCUUUGAUGCACAUGAGGACUUGUCUGACAAUGAGGAAAUGUUCCCGAAAGAAAUAACCAAGUGGAGUUCCAAUGAUCUGAUGGAUAAAAUUGAAACCCCCGAAUGCGAUGAUGUCCAAGGUGACUUGUAUCAUGAGACAUCAGCAGAGUACCACGUUGGCUCCAGUGUGGAGAGGCUCAGCAUCAUUGAAGAUGAAUCAGCACAGCCAUUAAUGCAGCCAAGUAAAAUCCAUGUCCUCCUCUUGGUACUCCAUGGAGGGAACAUCCUGGACUCAGGAAGCGGCGACCAGAGCUCUAAGCAAGGGGAUGUCAACACCAUCACGACAGUGUUUGACACAGUGAUGAGGGUACAUUACCCAGCUGCUCUUGGACGCAUUGCCAUCAGACUAGUCCCUUGUCCAGCCAUCUGCUCUGAAGCAUUUUCACUGGUGUCCAGCCUCAGCCCAUAUAGUUACGACGAGGGCUGCCUGUCCAACAGCCAGGAUCACAUUCCCCUCGCUGCACUCCCUCUGCUAGCAACAUCAUCCCCACAGUACCAAGAAGCAGUGGCCACAGUCAUCGUCAGAGCCAACCAGGCCUACAGCGAGUUCAUCAGAUCCCAGGAGGGCAUGUCAUUCAAUGGCCAGGUCUGCUUGGUUGGGGACUGUGUUGGAGGAAUCCUGGGAUUUGAUGCCUUAUGCUACAGCAAUCAAACUGUGUCUGAGAGCCAGAACAGCAGCCGGAGAGGGAGCGUUGUGAGUGUCCAGGACACCGACCUCCUGUCUCCUGGAAUAACGGUGAAUAACAGUUAUUGUUCCAGUGGCUCUAAUCUGGAAGCCAGCAGACACCUCAGUAGGAGCAACAUUGAUAUUCCCCGUAGCAACGGAGAAGAUCCAAAGAAGCAGCUGCCACGGAAAAGGAGUGAUUCAUCAACCUACGAACUGGACACGAUAAAGCAGCAUCAGGCCUUUCUUUCAAGUUUACAUUCUAGUGUUCUGAGGAAUGACCCGGGAUCCAGGAGAUCCAGUAGCUCUACUAUGUUGGAUGGAGGAAAUAUUGGAAAGUUUGAAUUUGAGAUCACUGAUUUCUUCCUCUUUGGUUCUCCCUUGGGUCUGGUUCUUGCACUGCGAAAAACUGUCAUUCCAGCUCUUGACAUCUUUCAGCUCAGACCAGCUUGCCAGCAGGUCUAUAACCUGUUCCACCCUGCAGACCCAUCUGCUUCACGCCUUGAGCCUCUUUUGGAGAAGAAGUUCUACCUUUUGCCCCCCUUUAAUAUUCCCCGUUACCAGAGGUUCCCGCUGGGUGAUGGCAAUUCUGCUGUGCUGGUUGAGACAAUCCAGAACAAUCCCAUCCUCCUCAUGGAAAGCAGCCCUCUGGGUGCUCUCCAGCACCAGGACAGCUUCAUGGAAACAAGUAUCCCCGUUCCCGUACUGAAUUGGCAAGAUGUUUCCAAUAAAAGUGCUGGUUUUGCUGAGUCAGAUGUUGUUCAGUCUCAUGGUGCCGUCUUCAUGGAAAACACGUCCCUGUCCACCCCCAUUUCAGCCCCUCAGUUCAGGGGCUUCCGGAGAGCCAGUGAGAUCAGCAUUGCCAGCCAGGUCUCAGGAAUGGCAGACAGUUACACUGCUUCCAACAUAGCCAACAAAACCAAACACCACCUUAAUCACUGCAGAGGGUUUAGCCUUCUGUCCCAACUUGCCCUCCCUCACAAAUCCCCUACUCAAACCUCAUCCAAGAAACAUAGGCAGCGUAAACACGAAAUCCCUUCGAAGGGAAGAAAGCUCAAAGGGCCAUGGAGUCAGGCUGCAGACUGCAUUCUUCGGAUACCCGACCUGGACAUCAAGACAGUUGCUGCCAAGUGGUGGGGGACCAAGAGGAUUGACUACGCUCUCUACUGUCCUGAUGCUCUGACGGCUUUCCCGACGGUCGCUUUGCCGCAUCUCUUCCAUGCGAGCUACUGGGAGUCCACAGACGUUGUCUCCUUCCUGCUGAGACAGGUGAUGAGGCACGAGAACUCGAGUGUACUGGAGCUGGAUGGGAAGGAGGUGUCCGUCUUCACCCCCUCCAAGCCCCGUGAGAAGUGGCUGCGCAAGAGGACGCACGUGAAGCUCCGGAACGUCACAGCCAACCACAGGAUAAAUGACACCAUUGCCAAUGAAGAUGGGCCCCAGACCUUAACUGGAAGGUUUAUGUAUGGUCCAUUAGAUAUGGUCACACUCACAGGAGAAAAGGUGGACAUUCACAUCAUGACCCAGCCACCGUCAGGAGAGUGGGUUUACUUUGACACUGAGAUCAGCAACAGCAGUGGCAGGAUUUCCUAUGUCAUCCCUGAGAACCGGCGCCUGGGCAUCGGCGUCUACCCUGUCAAGAUGGUGGUCAGGGGUGACCACACGUAUGCAGACAGCUACAUCACAGUCCUGCCAAAGGGGACAGAGUUUGUGGUGUUCAGCAUCGACGGCUCCUUUGCAGCCAGUGUAUCCAUCAUGGGCAGCGACCCCAAAGUCCGCGCCGGAGCCGUCGACGUUGUAAGGCACUGGCAAGACCUCGGCUACCUCAUUAUCUAUGUCACGGGCCGCCCCGACAUGCAGAAGCAGAGGGUGGUAGCGUGGUUAGCACAGCACAACUUCCCCCAUGGCAUCGUCUCCUUCUGCGAUGGGCUCGUCCACGACCCGCUGCGGCACAAGGCCAACUUCCUGAAAUCCCUCAUCACAGACCUCCACAUGAGGAUCCAUGCAGCAUAUGGAUCCACUAAGGACAUCUCUGUGUACAGCUCCAUCAGCCUCCCGCCCACCCACAUCUACAUCGUUGGCCGACCCACCAAGAAGCUGCAGAGCCAGUGUCAGUUCAUCACGGAGGGGUACGCGGCCCACCUGGCUCAGCUGGAGUACAACCACCGCGCGCGCCCUGCCAAGAACACCACGCGCAUGGCGCUGCGGAAGGGCAGCUUCGGGCUGCCCAGCCAGGCCGAGUUCCUGCGCAAGAGGAACCACCUCCUGCGGACCAUCUCCUCCCAGCCCUCGGCCACCAGCGCCGGCCACCGCCCCGAGCGCACCCAGAGCCAAUCCGACAGCGACAGGGAGAGGGACAGGGAACGCAGCCAAAGAAGCAUGAGCAUCGCCACGGGGUGCUGGGGCCGGAGCGCAGCUUCCCGGCUGGAGUCUGGCCUCUUGGGGCAGAAGUAGCCAGGCCGGAGCCAGCGACUGUCGGCUGCAGCCACCGGAGGAGAAAACAAAAGGAAAAGGGGGAUGAGGCCGGUGUUACGGGCUGGAAGGGUAAAUAUGGUGCUACUCUAAUAACAUCAUGGUAUUCUGGGAAGAGAUGGGAUGGUUCCCAUGCAGAACGUGCAGGCCUUACAGUGGGAGCGUCAGGUUUGUGCAGCAUGAGCCCAAGGAACAGCUGGAAAUUGGGGUGGUGGGAGGAAGUCUCCAGGUCAAGAUCGCACUCUCUCCUGCCUCCUUCUCUUAUCCAGGUUUAGUGACUGUAAAUACGUGCCUCCUCGCCUUGUUAGCCAUCGCUCCGAUACGCGUGACCGAGUGCUGUCCUCAGAGCCACAGGAACAGGGGAUGAGGCUGGGGAACUUCUUGGUUGUCCCAGGAGUCAGACUGCUCUGCUGGUACCAGCACGGGGUGGGCUUGGGCUUCGGUAACGCUGUUUCCUGGCACAGACGGCCCCAGGCAAGGGAUUUAUCAUGGGCUGUGCCAGGCAGAGCAACCGAGAGCUUUACCUGUACAAAGAGCUUCAAGUGCAGCCACUUUCUCAAGGAGAACGUGCAGUGGCAAAGCCUAAAAGCUGUGUGGAUGCUGUUGGUAGGGGCAGAACGUCGGCAAGGUUCACACCUAAAAAAGUGGGGUCGUUACUGCUAGUACUGUUAUUUUUUAAAGAGACCUUUUAGAAUCCGAUGGAAUUCAAUGCAUUGACCUAUUAAAAGAGGAAUCCAAGCUAUCUUGUUUGAGCUGUUACAAACCUCAGACACUUCCUUUGCUGUUAAAGUCUCCAGACAUUCUCGCUAUAUAUCCUUUCCGAAAGUAACCACCAUGUAUUGGGGAGCAGCUGAAGGCGCUCAGCAGCUACACUGCGUUGCAGUUCUACUCAGCAGAAUGCAGGGUCUGACUCUCUCAACACCCACCUCUGAGGCGAUUUCUUCUUCCCAGGUUCUCUCUGAGUUCAGUAGCAGCUUUCAUGGGAAACCAGAUCUGCUUCUUUUACCUGUAGUUACUGAACUGUAAAACCUCAUUGUUUUUUGCACUGAUGAUUUUUAGAACGGAAACCUGUUACCAUCUCAUGUAGCUACACCCAACUGUUUGUAGUGCAUGACAAUGAACUAUCGCUAAGCCAGGGUGUGUGUGUAUAUAUUAUAUACAUAAUGUGCAUAUACAUAUGCACACACACACACAUAUAUAUAUGUAUAUAGUUAUAAAGGAUAAAACUAAUCUGUGCAGAAGUUUUCCCAGCAGUAAGGAGACUGUAAGGAAGUGUGCCAACGUCAGGCAACCUUAAGAAAAGGCCAUAUCUUAAAAUCCCCUGGUGUGUUUCUCAGUGGACGUGCCUGAGCUGAUGGUCUGUGUGCUGCUGGAGCGAGCCAGGGUGGGUGCAUGGCAGAGGGGAGCCGUGGGUGUGCAGGGUGAGUGGCACAGAACAGCAGCAGUGGAGGAGAACAGUGCCUAGAGCGAGGGCUCACCAGAAGCCCCUUAGUCCUGUCCCUCCCGGCUCAGCCUGGCCCCAGGAUGGGUCCAGUUCCCUCCUUGCACACACCUCUCGGGGCGGAGGGGCACUCACCCCAUGGUGCCCAUUUACAGACCCCAGCUGGCCUCGUCCCAUGGAGAUUUUAUAGUCCUACCGAGCUCCCCGACUGCGUGUAACCAACCCCGCUUUCCCCUCCACUCUUCCCUGUCUUUAUAUCACUUUCUACUUCUGAGGAUCUUAUUUGUAACAGAGAAUUUUGUAGACUGGCUCCUUCAUUUUAUUACCUGUUUUGAUCCGAAGUGCAGGACGGCCGCACCGAGAUACACAGCACUGUGAACGCUGCUCUGCUCACUGGCUCUGCGCCACGGUAGGCAAACCUUACCCCAUCAGACACCCGAGGCACAUCUCGUGGUCGUGGCGCUGCAGGGUCGAAGCGGAGGCAGAGUGGGGACAGUGCUGAGCUGCUGCUGGAGCACUGGAACCCGCUGCCCACCCGCUGCCCAGUGCAGCUCCCACGUCCUGCAGCCUUCACUGCAAACUGUUUAAGCACUUCUCUUUGAUAAUGACUCAAGUGCAGAAUGUAUCUGAUGACUUUUGUUACCGAAAACUGACUUCCCUUCCUGCCGACUCGGUUCAGCUCUCUCCGAAUGUACAGCCAGAGCUUGACUGGGUUGAAAACCAACGUGAGUUGUCCCAGCUUUUUUGCUAGCCGAACGUUCUAGCCAACAGAUGCCAUCUGAGUAGGAAGCCAAGCCACAAAUCCAUCCUGUGAAGUCACCAAACCACAUCACACAGUAACUCCUGUAAAUUUGGAUAUGGCCUUUGCAAAAUUCAACUGCCCUCCAAGCCCACAACCGAGGCAUGGUCUGUACAUUACAAGAUGUUCACAUUUUCUUAUGUGUAGAUAGUGUAAAACAGAGGCGAAUGUAAAUGUUCAACAUAAAAAGUGGAUAUAUAAAAUUGAAAGUAAUUUAUUUAUGUAGAGGAAAAAAAACCACAAA